CAUCGCUCCGUCCAACUACUUGUCCCGACAGCAAAUAACUUCAUCAAAAUCAAACAAAAAGAAAACCCCCACAAAUCUCUCGAUCCAAUCAACUGGGCAUAUAUAUUAGAAAAGUUUAUUUUCUAAAUGCCGUAAAGAUGGCACCGGUAGCUGUCGAACCGCAACAUCUCUAUGUGCCUCUGGUCGCGACAAUAUCGCAUGCAACUCUAGCCGUCGCACUUACUGCAAUCGUAGGACGUGGUCUGUACUUUUCGUACAAGUCGCUGUCGCCCACACAGUCGACGCGCCCGCGCCUGGCGAACCGUGAGAGGCUGGUACCUGUAUUUUCUGCCCUCGCCGCCCUCAGCUUGGCCCUGGCGGCGCGUUCAACGUCCCAGUACGCGUCUAUAUCAUACAGCAAAUGGGCAGAUGAGCGUGGUAUUGAUUCGGGAGGAUGGCUCCCUUACCUUACCGGCGGUAACUUGAGACGCUGGCUAUAUGACACACCCGUAUAUCGAGAUGCUCUCGAGAUUGUCGCCGAAAAGGCGCGCCGUUUUUGGUGGGCCCAGCAGGCAGACCUCGGUCUAGUCUCGUGGGCACUCCUGCUCUCCAUAGAAGGGCAUCGCCGUCGGAUCCCUCACCUCUGGGCUUACCUGGCGCUGUCGCAGCUUGUUAAUCUGUCAUAUGCGCAAAACCUCUUCUAUGUCGCUCUGCUACUGACCCCAGUUCCCCUGGCGGAUGAGGGCAACAGAGGUGACCAAGGAGAUUCUGUAUUCACGCGAGCGCUGCGCCAGAUAUUUCCACCUAAGCCAGCGAACUGGUGUCCGCAUCCUGGCUUGUUUCUAAGCAUUCUCUUCCUGAACCUUGGAGCCGUAUCUCUACUUCCGUUUGUCGCCGAGACCUCAGCAACAACUGACGGCAUCAUCUCACUCGCGGUUACGACACUUGCCACAAGAGCGUUUUCCUUUACACUGGUCGCCAUGCCGGCAGCCAUCCCAGUAUCUUGGGGAACUGUUCAUGCACACCCGCACGACGCAUAUGGAGCAUAUUCCCAAAUAUUCCGCACAGCAUCACUAGCGAGCCUUGUCCUGCAUGGCAAGGCAUCGUUGACAGCACUCGUGUACAACACGCCUGGCUCACACGUGCACAGGCACAUUCGCAUCCAGGGCGUUAUCCCUUCAUCUCUCGCAUGGGAAGAUAAGAGGCGGACGGAAUGGGAAAGAACCGCGACGGCGGUGACCAAAGUCCUCGGAUCCACAAGCGACCAUCCUGUUGUCGCUGCAGUGGGGAACGAUGUUCUGCUUUCGGCCUUAUCUUUGGGCAUCUGGGCUGCCGCGCGGGCGCUUGAGCCAAAGCACAUUUUGCGCUCGUGCUGGCCGUUCUACUCUCCAGGAACCGCUGCCAGAUCCAUGGCCGAGGAUAUCAGCUCUCUCGCCGAAGAUUACGCAGAUGGCGUCGAGGUUGGACCGGCGGAUGAAGCAACGGUCAAGUCCGAGCUGGAUCAUCAAGACAUGCCGAUAAGUCCUCGGAAACGCGGAAGACCACCCAAAAAUGCGGCUAUUGCUAGCGUGCCCAGCUGUGACGAAGCUCCCCCAACGAUUCGGCGUCGUGGUCGGCCUCGAAAGGUGAAGCAAGAAGAGCCGGAGCCGGAGCCGGAACCAGAACAAAUAGCAGACCCGACAUACGAACCCACUCCACAGCAGGCAGCACAGGUGGUCGAAGGUGACAGCCUCCCAGAUGAGGACCUGGAUUGGGAGGUGGCUGCUCUCGCAUGGGGAAUCACGGCCCUAGGUGGACUUGGAUGUGGCAGCGCUGGGGUCUAUGGAGGAGAAUGUAUUUCUCGAUAAAAAAAAAGAAAUAUUUGUUCUCGGGAGCUGUUGUCCGAGUAAUCUGUUGCUGGGGGUGACGUAUGUCAAGUAGCAAAUUCAACAACGGUCAUUGUGCGUGAUGCAGGAGGUGCUUGUGCACCAGGCUAAGCUAGUUGUACAGCAUGUACUUGCAUGGAUACCAAUACAGAAUCAAUCAACGCUCAACAAGAGUAGGUCUCGGGCUGUUGAUCCGCGAUUCCCCGGUAGUAUCCACUUGACCUGGAAGAUGGGCUAAGCAAAGUACCUAAUAAAAAUCAUGAGAUGCA